AUGUUCAAUCGAUUACAGAAGUUAGCAGAAGAUUUGAAGGAAACAAAGAUUGAUGGGAAACUUGGUAUAGGUGGAAAAGGUCGAAUGACCACACAAAUAAUGAUUAGUUUUAAACAAUAUUAUCGUCAAGCUAUUGUGAGGAACAAAACAAAUCUAAAUGAAAUGGUUCGCUCAGUGUGGGCGAUUUGGAAGCACAAAGCUUCAUCAAACAAAGAGCCACAUCACGAGUGGUGUUCAUCAGAAUAUUGUGGAUAUUUACGAUCAUUAGAAAAAGACGAAGAAUACGACCAUAAUCAACAUCGACUACCAUUAGGAGUUAUGAAAGCUAUUCGACCAGUAUAUGCUACUGGUAUUGUCAUUGAUUUAUGUGCAGCAAUGGCUGUAUUAUGUUAUAAUGAUGGGAGUCAAGCAAUUAUACCAUUUAUCACUGAUAUAACAGGCGGUGGUGGUGGUUAUUAUACGAGAGUAGCAAUGAGAAGACUUGAUGAAUCUUGUGUAUAUGCGGAGCACAAGAAAAAAACAAAACAAACUAAAGAAACAUUCGAUUUACUGCAUGUUGAUCGUAUGAGUCUCGAUAUUAUUGAUGACGACAUAUUAGACGAUUCAUAUGUAUCUGGAGCUUAUUGA